AUGAUUGACGGCGUACCGAUACGAAAAUUAUUCGUCACCAAUUUGGCUCGGGAGACAAAUAAAAACCAUAUACGCACGUGCUUUUCGACGUACGGACACGUCCACGCUUGCCGUUUCGUUUACCGAAAUCAAGGGUUCAAUAACUGUGCGUUUGUCACGUUUACCAAAGCGGCAGAUGCAGCGACAGCGAUGCGAGACGGGAGUAUAACGUUGCACGACAGACAUUUAUUGGUGAGGCCCGCAUAUUCUUGGUAUCAACCUGACAGUACGGAGCAGACGUUCAUGUACGCGAUGGUGGGAAAUGAUGGGGACUCGACCGAAACUGGCGAAACACAGCUCAGCACGGAACAAUACGUUCACAACGAUCGUCUGCCGAACGACACCGAAAAUGUAUCGAUCCAUAUGCUGAACGACCAUUGCUUGAAACAUAUCUUCCAGUUUUUGCCAAUCGUAGAUAGAGUCCGCAUAGAGAUAGUUUGCAAGCGCUGGAGACGCGUAGUCAAAAAUUCGUGGCAUACCACCAAGACGUUGGAUCUUUCGCCAUCUACGUGGGGUAUCGCGUACACCCAUACCAUCCCUACGGUCGUACUUCGCAAAAUAUUGCUCAAAUGUGGCAAAUUCUUAACGCGAAUAAAUCUAAACGACCCAAAUAAUUUUCUGAGCGAAGACACGUUGACCGUUAUCGGGCAACUUUGUCCUAAUCUAAGGAAUAUCGACGUUACCGCGCUUACAGUUUCCGCGUCAGAGAUACGCGCGUUAGGAAAACGUUGCAGAAACAUUACCGAGCUUCGUUUAGGAACACUCAUGUCCAAAUGCGACAGCGAGUUGAAGCGUUUGUUCGCGCUGAAUGAAAAUUUUCGAUAUCUCGCGAUAACGGGAAAUUUCAUUUCGGGCAAAUGCUUAUCGUUCUUACCAGCGCAAACUAUGCGUACAAUUGUAUUGGACCGUUGCUACUGUCUUGGGGACGCUCACCUUUCAACGGCACUGAAGAAUCUCGAAAAUUUGAAACAUCUAGCGAUAAGUAAAUGUGCCCGUAUAGCUGAAGGCACGUUUCAAAUUGUCGGUCAGCAUUGCAAAACUCUGACAACAUUGGAGCUCAACGGAAACUUUCCUUUAGCACAAACGACGGAUAUGUCGCAUUUAAAUCACCUUGUCGAUCUGCAAGUUUUAAAAAUCACGCACAAUCCUAAGGUAUCGGACCAUUUCCUCAUCGAUUUGGUACAACAUUGUCAGCAGCUUACCAACGUAGACAUUACGGGUUGCCACUACGUGACCGAUGUCGGAUUAACGGCUAUCGCCUCGUUGGCAAGACUCGAUAAAUUAGUCGUCAGUUAUACGCGUCUGCUUACCGACGACGGCUUAGAAAACGUGCGUGGCUUAAAACAAUUUAAGUGCCGAAGAUGUCUAUUUAGCGAUCGGGCCGUGACAACGCUCAUCCGAUCCUCGCCUGAAUUACGAUUGUUGGAUCUCUUUGGAUGUAGGAAUAUCACGGACUCCACUCUUGAGGUUGCCAAAGACGUUUGUAGCGGUCGAACCAACAACGUGACGUUGAACAUGAUCUGUGGAAGAACGGGCGGAAUUCUCACCAAGAAAGAAAUAGGUCGAGAGAAAGUGCCUACGCUGUUAAAUUUAUAUUCAAACAGUCUAUAUGCCAA